GCUGAAAGGUUCUGUGAUGAGCAAAGAUGGCUGCGCCCAUGUAAUACCGGAGGCAGCUUGACCUUUCUCUUUCCUUUUUGUCACUUGGCCCCUGUAGUGGCAGGCUGGGCACCAGGACCAUGCUGGGCCGGACCCUCCGAGAAGUUUCGGCGGCACUGAAACAAGGCCAAAUUACUCCAACUGAACUCUGUCAAAAAUGUCUCACCCUUAUCAAGAAGACCAAGUUUCUAAAUGCAUACAUUACUGUAUCAGAAGAGGUGGCCUUAAAGCAAGCUGAAGAAUCAGAGGAAAGGUAUAAGAAAGGUCAUUCACUGGGGGAGUUAGACGGGAUUCCUUUUGCGGUAAAAGACAACUUCAGUACGUGUGGCAUUGAGACCAGCUGUGCAUCAAACAUGCUGAAAGGUUAUAUUCCACCUUAUAAUGCCACAGUAGUUCAGAAGUUGUUAGAUCAGGGAGCUCUGCUAAUGGGAAAAACAAACUUAGAUGAGUUUGCUAUGGGGUCUGGGAGCACAGAUGGUAUAUUCGGACCAGUUAAAAACCCGUGGAGUUAUUCAAAACAGUACAGAGAAAAGAGAAAGCAGAAGCCCCGUGGUGAGACUGAGGAUUCAAAUUGGCUUAUAACAGGAGGAAGCUCAGGAGGGAGCGCGGCAGCUGUAUCAGCAUUCACGUGCUUUGCGGCUUUAGGAUCAGAUACAGGAGGAUCGACCAGAAACCCAGCUGCCCACUGUGGGGUUGUUGGUUUGAAACCAAGCUACGGCCUAGUCUCUCGUCAUGGUCUCAUUCCCCUGGUAAACUCAAUGGAUGUGCCUGGAAUCUUAACCAGAUGCGUGGAUGAUGCAGCCGUUGUGCUGGGUGUACUGGCUGGGCACGACUGCAGAGACUCCACCACUGUACAAGAUCCUGUUAAACCACUGAUGCUGCCCAGCUUGACGGAUGUGAGCAAACUCUGCAUAGGAAUUCCGAAGGAAUAUCUUGUACCAGAAUUAUCAAGUGAAGUACAAUCUCUCUGGUCCAAAGCUGCUAAACUCUUUGAGUCUGAGGGGGCCAAAGUAAUCGAAGUGUCCCUGCCCCACACCAGGUAUUCAAUUGUCUGCUACCAUGUGUUGUGUACAUCAGAAGUGGCAUCGAACAUGGCAAGAUUUGACGGGCUAGAAUAUGGUCACAGAUGUGACAUUAAUGUGUCAACUGAAGCCAUGUAUGCUGCAACCAGGCGAGAGGGCUUUAACGAUGUGGUGAGAGGGAGAAUUCUCUCAGGAAACUUUUUCUUAUUAAAAGAAAACUAUGAGAACUACUUCGUCAAAGCACAGAAAGUGAGACGACUCAUUGCUAAUGACUUUGUGAAUGUUUUUAACUCUGGAGUGGAUGUCUUGCUCACUCCCACCACCCUGAGUGAGGCAGUGCCGUACACGGAGUUCAUCAAAGAGGACAACAGAACCCGAAGUGCCCAGGAUGACAUUUUUACACAGGCCGUAAACUUGGCAGGAUUGCCAGCAGUGAGUGUCCCUAUGGCCCUCUCAAACCAAGGGUUGCCAAUAGGACUACAGUUUAUUGGACGUGCAUUUUGUGACCAGCAGCUUCUUACAGUUGCCAAAUGGUUUGAAAAACAAGUACAAUUUCCUGUUAUUCAACUUCAAGAAAUAAUGGAUGAUUGUUCAUCAGUCUUUGAAAAUGAAGAGUUAGCUUCUGUUUUUCUAAAACAGUAGUGAUAAAUAUAUCAUGCAAAUUAAAAUGACAUAAAGAUUUUAUAUUCUAUAGAAGUCAAGUAUCUUGCUAAGUUCUUGUAACUUGGUUCAUUGUCAACAUAAUCAUUCCUUGGAAUCACUUUUUAAAAUUCUUGUGAUAUAGUUAAUUAUAAAUAACUUGCCAGCAUUUAUUAAGCAUCUGCUAAGCACCAAGUAUUGGAUUUCUACCAUAGCACAAGACACAUGUUCCCGAAAAACUAUGCAUUUUGCAAAAAUGUUCACUAAAAAGAACAGAGCUAAAGAAGACACACCCAAAGAGGCCGAAACUAAGACACACCGUAAUUAAAACGCAAAAGGUUAAAGACAGAGAAUCUUAAAAGCAGCAAAAGAAAAGCAGUUAGUUACCUACAAUGGAUCCUCCAUAAGACUGUCAGCUGAUUUCUUAAAAAAAAACUUUGCAGGCUAAAAGGGACUGGCAGGAAA